AUGGGUUCCUUGGCCAGGGGCCAAUGGGUUCCUUGGCCAGGGGCCAAUGGGUUCCUUGGCCAGUACCUGGAACAAGUCCUAGGCGAGGACUGUGGUGGAAGAGGAAAUGAUGGUCUCAGGCAGAACCAAGAGGAAGAUGGUGCUGCCAAAGAGAACCAUCUUAACACUACCAACAAUGAGGAAACUGAUGAAGACGUCGUUAUUGGUGGUCUUCAUGUCUGUGGGAAAUGCCGAGCAGAGUUCCCUGCCUACCCGGACUUUCUUCAGCACAAACAAACUUGCUCCAAGAAACCAGUUGUGGUUGUUAUAAACAACGAUAGUCAUGUCCCAACAGAGAACAGUAGCAGUCCUGUGCCACCCUCCAGUCAGUUCAGCCAUCACCAGGAGAUCACUAAAACUGUUUACCAUAACAACGAGCCGACGCUAAACGAUCUCCAGCAGCAGGGGGAAGACCCUGCUCAGUACGAUGACCAGGAGGACUUUGAUAAUGCCACUGAUGAGCUCUCACAAAAUGAGACCCAUGCCAACCAAGAUGGCGACCAUACGGACCAGCUGCCACCUCCUAAAGACGGGCUGGAAGAGGAUGACUUAAAGUCCUCCGAGCCUGACCGGACUAGAACUCAAAGUGUUGAUUCCAUGGAGUUUGAGGAGUCUCAGGUUCAACUGAGACACCGAGGUGAUCACUCUAGAUCACCAAGUCAACGGCCCUCAUCAUUCCCCCAUUCAAGUCUAAUGCCGGGUCCUCAUGAUCAAGCUAGAUACGCAGUCAGGCAUUAUCAUGAUAUGCACAUGCAUGGUAACCAGCCUGAGAUGUCCAACAUCCAGGACCAGCUGUUUCAUCUACAACAGCAGCAUAUCCAUCAGCUGCAGCUCAUACAAAACAUACAGCAGCAGCUCUCGAGUCUAGCAAUGCAAAUCAAGCACACCCCCAAUGUCACCUCAUCGGCGAAUGCACCCAUCACUACCUCAGCACCCCAAACCCCUUCAGCUGAAUCGCAGCAGCAAUUACCGCGGCCUCAGAUGAUGUCUCAACAAAGUUCCUCGUCUGGUCCUUCGCCACAUCUAAUGCAUCAUUUUGAUUCACUGCCUAGACCAAUGCCACAGCAGAUGAUGCCCUCAAUGCCGGUGAGACCAUCUAUUCUUCCGCCAGCCUCAUUCCCAAUGCCCCCACAAAGACCACCAUUUGAUAUACUACAGCAACAAGCUGUUAUGCCACCAGUCUCGAGUCCCCUGCUUCAGGCACCACCAAGGCUACCCUUCCCACCUGGUCUCAUGCUACAUCGAAAGGGGAAGCCACCAAAUGUUGCCGUCUUUGACCCAAAAUUCCCUUCAGAUGAUCCAUUCUUCCGACAUAAGUGUCGCUUCUGCCACAAGGUGUUUGGCAGCGAUAGUGCACUCCAAAUCCACAUUCGCUCCCACACUGGGGAAAGACCAUUCAAAUGUAACAUUUGCGGCAACCGUUUCUCAACUAAAGGAAACCUCAAGGUGCACUUUCAGCGUCACAUUGAUCGCUAUCCUCAUGUCAAGAUGGACACAACCCCUUACCCACCCUCUCCGCCUCUUCCAAAUGAACGACUCCCGAUCCAGUCGCCUGCCAUCCAGCAGGUUCCCCUACCAACUAUUCCAAGUGACAUGGCAGGCCUUCCAAGUGACGUUCCAACUUCAUUCCAUUCUCGAAUGCCCGUAUCACAGGCAAGUGGAUCUGACUCUGCAUCCAGCAGCAUUUCAGGUGAUCAGCCUCUUGAGCAGCGGAGUCAUGAUGACAUGUCACAACCUAAAGCAGGUUCAGAGUUUCUCCGGCCAAAGUCCGAGUCUGACCUGUCUAGACCGGCUGUUCCUCCAAUUGUCUCCUCUCAUUCAAUCCUUGAAAGAGGCACUCCCUUGUCGUCAAGCUUUCCCAGCUUUGCUCACUCCAUGGCUCAGAUUAUGUCCGAGUCUUCGUCAAUAGCUACCACUGCACCAAGUACGCCAUCAUCUUUAGCAGCCCUGGCCGAGCAAGGUAUACGGCCAUCAGAGACCUCAAAACUGCAAAAGCUUGUGGAAAAUAUUGAGCAGAAGAUUACCGACUCCUCACAGUGUGUUAUAUGUCACCGGGUCCUUAGCUGCAAAAGUGCCCUGCAGAUGCAUUACCGGAUACACACCGGUGAGCGACCCUAUAAAUGCAGAAUCUGCCUCCGCUCUUUCACUACAAAGGGUAACCUCAAGACUCACUUCACUGUCCAUCGUGCCAAACCUCCACUCAGGAUGUUCCAUGAUUGUCCAAUAUGCCAAAAGCGUUUCAGCAACAUCUUGGUCCUGCAGCAACAUCUACGCAUGCAUGCCGCUGAGGGGUUCCAUAUCCCUCAAGAUUUAUCUGCAUUUCAGAUUCAAGCAGAGGAUAAGCUCACUGAAGAGAUGAUCAAUGAGGAGGCCCGAGCUCUGGACCAAGAUGAUUUUGACGAUGAAGAUAUGAGGCUCAAUGAGAUGGCUUCUCACAUGGAGUACUCGCCAGAGGGCUACUCUGAAACGGAAGGCACUGGAGAGGACGGCCAUAACGGCUUACCUGAUGAAGCUUUACCAGAGCAAGCAGACGAAGAUGUCUCAGAGCAUAAUGACGAGACUAAAACAAGUGGCCUAUCUGACAGAGGACGAAACAUAGAAAGAGAAAUGGAGAAUAGCGAGAAGAUGCAAAUGUCUUGGCUUGGUAAAGAUGUUGAAGGGUUAACCCGAGAAGCACCGUCUGUUGGUGUUGUCUCUCCUCCUGCGUAUCUUACUGAUGAUAGUAGCACUGCUGUGUCCCCAUCGGAACCCCAGCCAAAUUACACUAAAGGCAUUGAUUCCAUAGCAUCAGCAUUACAUCUCCAAGCUGCUGCCACCAACGCAGAGAAUCACCACCGACAGCUGAUGGGACGUCUUCCCAAUUCUGAACGCAUGUCACCUUCGGAGAAAAGCCAAGAGGAAACUCCUGCCUCAGAAAGAGGCCCACAACAACCCCGCAGUCCAGGAGAUGAACAUACUGAAAACCACAGGAGCAGCCAAGAAGAAAUGCGCCGACAUCUUGAUGGACUUGUAAGUCGUCAUGAGAGCCUCCUCAGAAGUCAUUCAAGUGACAUGUCUAGACUUUCUGGCGAAAUGAGGAGACACCCUGAUUACGUAAGGAACCAUCUUGAUGAAAUCACCAGGGAUGGUGAUGCUCAUUCAGAGGGUCAAAAGUCAAAACAAAAUGACGACAGUCAUAGUCACUCAGAACACCGAGGUGAUGAACAUAGAAUGGAAGAGCACAGAAGUGAAGAGCACAAGAGCAAUGGCGACCAAAGCAGAGGGGAAAACAGAAAUAUUUAUAAUGAACAUAAGAUCCACCAAGAUCACUUGAAAUACCAUCAUGACGAGCUUCAGCGUGCGCCUCUUAAGAUUGACACCAGCCGUAUGGAUAACAAUGGUGCCCUGGACCUCACUCCCAAAUCAGGGUCUUCAGGAAGCAGUGAGAACAGCUUGGAAGCCCUGAAGAAUCAGGUCAAUAAUAACCUGAUGAUGCCAUUUGGAUUCCCUCACCCGAUGGAUGGCAGAAUGAAUGGAAGCAGUGCUGGUUUGUUAAUGCAAGACACCUUGAAUGCAGCCUACUCGUCCAAACGUGUCAAUGGGUCCAGCACUACAUGCCACUACUGUGGUAAGUCGUUUGCCUGCACCAGUGCCCUCAAUAUUCACUACCGAAGCCACACCAAGGAGCGACCAUACAAGUGUGAGAUCUGCUCCAAGGGUUUCUCAACGAGAGGCAAUCUACGCCAGCACAUGCUGACUCAUAAGAUACGGGACAUGCCAACCCAGAUUUUUGACCCAGCCCAUCCCCAUUUCAAACAUCAGCAACAACAGAUGAUGCACCCCAUGCACCACCUGCAGCCACCCACCCACCCCAUGCUGAUGCCCGGCAUGCCUCAAUUUUCAGCUGAAAUGGCUCUGCAUCAAUACCAGCAGCAGCAUCAUCGGAGAUCUGUUUCUCCACAGUCAUUGAGCCAGCGAGAACCCUCUCCUUCAGAUCUUGUACAACGACACUCUCCCGAGUCUAGACCACAGCAGCUGCAGCAGCAGCUUUCCCCGCUUGGCUCCCCACAGAAGAUCUCGCCCCUCAACUCCCACCGACCCCCUUCACCGUUUGAACAUUCGCAGGAGGUGCCUCUAACAAGCCAGAUGAAAUCACCCAAUGGCAACCACCAGCAGAGCACUACCCCUAGCGGUCAGCAUCAUCUAUCUCUGCCAAAUAGCCAACCCAAACCACAGCCACAGCACUCUCCCAGUAACAACAACAACUACCAACAAGAGCUGCAGCAGAAGAUGAUGCACAGCCAGCCCAUGAAGUUCUCUCCAGAUGCAUCACCUUCAUCCCAGCCAUCACUGAAACGUUCCCUCUCAGAAUCCGGCUGCCCUUCCCCGCCCAAACGCCCUGCUCUGAAGCACAGUUGCAAUGUCUGCAGUAAGCAGUUUCAAUCUGACAGUGCGUUGCAGAUCCACAUUCGAACCCACACGGGGGAGAAACCAUUCAAGUGUCAUAUGUGCGGCCGGGCGUUCACCACCAAGGGGAACUUGAAGGUGCAUCUUGGCACCCAUAUGUGGAACGGCGGUCCAACCCGACGAGGAAGGCGUAUCUCCAUGGAGUCCCCGCUCCUGAUGAGCCCAAAGGAAGGUGAGAUGUUCCGCCACGAUAUGUUCGGUCUGCGUCCAAUGUACGAGGGAGCUUUCUUCCAGUAUCCACCUCAGCUCAUGAAUGGGUACGCUGCCGCUAUGUCCAAGGCUAAUGAGAUAUCGGUCAUACAGAACCAUCACUCCUCCCUCGGACACAACCGACUCCCUGAGAACCCAAAUUCUGUCAUCAUGAAAGGAAAUGACUCAGCUCAUGACACUAUCAGAGACUCUGUUCCAGAAUCAGUAGUUUCUCAAAACUAGGCCUAAGGGUUUUGUUUUUUAAGGUUGGUUCCAACCAACCUGUUUUUUAAUUGCUUUUGUCCAAAAGACUUUACUAAAACCAAAAAAGUUGAGCUGAAAGAUUUUUGUUGCUGCAGCAUCAAGGACACCAAAUGUGUGUGAUUUUUAAAAGAAUAAUUUAAUAUGUAGUGUACAGCUAAUGAAUUUUGCUUUAAAAGAAGCCUUAUUAAUUUAAUUUCUUUCAUUCUCACUUCCAUAAAAAAAGAUUUUUGUGAUUAUUUUGAUGUGUGCAGUAAACUAACUUGCUUUCCAUGCAAAGAUCCAACUUUAAAAAGCUUGAUUUUUAAGUUUUUGAAAAGAUAAUCAGAAUCUUAAAGAUUGGGACAAAAAGUAUUGUUGAAUGUUCUUACUCCAUACCCUAUUCUGUUUAUUUUUUAACUAAGCACCACAAUUAACUUAUUUCUAAACCGUUCUAUAUUCUAAUACUGUGUAGGAAUUUUUAAUUGAAUUUUUCCUACAGACAUUUGGACAAAAUGUACAAGAAAUUUCACUAUUUAAUGUAAAUUUAGCUGUAGUAGGAUUUUAGAUGAAUUUACGAUAGACGCGCGUUGGAACACCAUGAUAUAGUUUACUUGAAUUGGGAAUGAACAGAAGAAAUACUAAAAGUAGACUACCUUGUUUAGAUAGAAAUGUCAAUGCCUACAAGUGUCACAGACAUUCACAUCAUAUUUAUUAAGUUUUCACACUCUAACACCUCUGAAACCUUAACAGCAUUGUCAAAGAUCAAAGUUAAAAUUAUUAUGUUUAAAGGCAGUGGACACUAUUGGUAAUUACUCAAAAUAAUUAUUAGCCUUUCUCGGUAAUUAGAAAUGGAGAGCUGUUGAUAGUAUGAAACAUUGUGAGAAAUGGCUCCCUCUGAAGUAUUGUAGUUUUCAAGAGAAGUUAAUUCCCAUGAUUUUGACUUUGAGACCUCAGAUUUAGAAAUUAUUGUGGUCUCGAAAUCAAGCAUAUGAAAGCACACAACUUUG